AUGGUCAAGAUCAUUGUUGCUGUCUUGUCCGUCGGUGUCGCGUCUGCUUUCGGCACUAUCUCCGAGUUUCCGAUAGAGCUGACCAGCCUCAUGGAUCAAACCGUGGACCCAUGCACCGACUUCUUUUCCUAUUCGUGCGGGACGUGGUACACGAACACCCCCCUCCACGCCAACCAAAGUACUACCGAUGCCACGUACGCCGUGAUCGAGGCUGCGGCGUACAAGCUGGUCGAAAAGUUGGUGGACGCCAAGCUGCCUAAACUCACCGAGUUCUAUGACGCGUGUAUGGACACUGCCACUUUAGACACCUUGGGCUUGGCUCCCAUCGAAGAUCACCUCAAGGCCAUCCGCAGCGCCAACACGGCGGUCGAAGCCAUCUUUCGCGGCGCAACCAUCUCUAAGGCCACCGGCCUGCCGCUGUUCGUGUCUCUGCCGGUUUUGGCCGACACCAUCGACGCCACCCGCAACGUCUUAAAAGCCGGACACGUGGAAUUGUCGAUUGGCAAAAACUACUACGAAGAUCCGACGUUGUGGGCCACGAUUGAAAAGCCGUAUCGCGAGUACAUUGCCGCGAUCUUCACGCUUGCCGGCCACACGAAGGCGGAGGUGGAGGCGGCCACUAGCGUAGUGAUUGCGUUUGGACGCGCAGGUGCCGGGGUACAGCUGUCCAACCAUAAGCUCCAAGUGGCCGUGACGCCCAGACGGUUGUCGCUCAGCGCCGCCAACGCGUUGUAUCCAUUGGGGCUAGGUCUCCAAUUGCAAGGGUUUGGGUUCGACGUCCGAGAAUGGCACAGCACGACCACGGUCCUGCUGGACGACAUCGGUUACUUAGACCGCAUAGAAGAAUUGCUCCGUAGCUUGUCCGUCAACGACCUCAAGACGAUAAUCGAGUACAAGGUGCUGGACUUCAACGCGCUGUUCCUGUCAACACCAUUUGUGAAAGCACGCUCGGACUUCUAUGACAUGGUGAUUGGAGGCCUCAAAGAACCCCCGUCGCGGGCCACGAUCUGCCGCGGUCAGGUGGAUACGUCCAUGGGCGAACUGUUGGGCUCGUACUAUCUCAAGGAAGUAUGGACAGCCGACACCGCCGCGCGCGCCGACUCGCUCGUACUGUCGCUGGAAGCAGCCUUCAAGACUGGGUUGGACAGCGCGGGGUGGCUCGAUGACACCACUCGAGCCAACGCCACGACCAAGUUGUCCAAGUUCUCCCACCUCUUGGGGGGGCCCAGGAACCCCAAAACGUACCCCACCUUGACGUUCGACCCCAAGGCUUACAUUGCCAACCUGAACAAGGUGUCUGCGUUCGACACUGCUUUCAACCUGGCUAAGAUCGGCACUGCCGUGGACAAGCAGAUUUGGUGGUAUACUGCGCAAACCGUGAAUGCGUACCACGACCGGCCGGCGAAUGCAAUCGUCUUUCCCGCCGCCACUCUGCAGCCCCCGCUGUAUGAUGACAAGGCGGACCCGUCCGUGAACUAUGGCGCUACUGGCACUUUGGUCGGCCACGAAAUCACCCACGGUUUCGACAACGACGGCCGCAACUUCGACGGCGACGGCAACCUCAAUCCGUGGUGGACGGCUGCCGCGACGAAAAUGUUCGACGAAAAAGCCAAGUGCUUCAUCGACCAGUAUGGGUCCAUGGACGUCAAGAGUGAGUUCACGGGUGAUUUGCUCGGCAAGUUGGAUGGCAAAUUGACGUUGGUCGAAACUAUCGCCGACAAUGGGGGCCUCAACACUGCAUACCGAGCGUACCGGGACUACGUAAACGCUGUAGCCGAAGCCACUAAGUACACCAAGGAAGCAGGUGAAAAGAUGUUUUGGAUCAGGUACGGCCAAUCGUGGUGCGAAAAGAACAGCGACGAGUACCUCCAGAUUCUACUCGCCGACGAACAUCCCCCUGGUCGCUACCGCUUGAUCGGGGCGGUUCAAAACUCGGUCGAUUUUGCCACAGUGUUCAACUGCCCUGUAGACUCGCCCAUGAACCCCACCAAGAAGUGUGUUUUGUGGGAAUAG